AUGGCAACGAUAUCUUCUGAUAUUUCGCUCUCAGCCGAGCCAGCACCUGUUGCUGCCGCCUGCAGACCACUAGCUGGGCUUCUAGCUGCUUAUGUUGUCUGGACUUGGUCUCGAAUGGAGCGACUACAAGUUGAGGCUGAGGCAGUUCAAGCAAGCCUGACCACCAAUGAAGGGACCGGCAAUCAAUGGCUUGUUGUACUGGAUUUGACUAAGAAGGCCAUCGAAAAGCCGGCGAAUCACGAGAAUGGUUUACGGGGUAUUGCGUAUCGCUUUCAGUGGGAGGGGACCGUCGGCAUAAUCAAGGGUAUUCCAGGAUACUCUCACGAGUACCCUACGCAAGAGUCUUCUAUGACGGUCAAUGACCAGCUAGCUGCGAUGGGCAUCGGAAGAAAUGAUAGAUCAUGGGGUGGGAGGACCACCUACAGCCCCACUUGUAAUACAGGCAAGGAAGCCGAUCAAAUCUUUACUCCUUUUAAUCGACGGCCGUCUGGUGGUGUCGUGGACUGGCCAACGCUAGCGAUCGAGACGGGCGCAAGCGAGUCAUACCAAAGGCUCCAAGAGGACGUUCGUUGGUGGUUCAAGAACUCCAACGGGAGGUGGCAACUGGUGCCACAUCCUAGCAACCCCGACAGGGCGCUAUUUAAACCAAUCACGGCCGCAAGUGCAGACAAUGUUCCCACCCGGGCAGCCCAACCACUAGUAGUCACUCAACGUCCCUACUCCGCCCAGGAGAUACUGGUUACGCCAGGUACUAUGGGGAUUCCUUUCGAGGCUCUGUACGAUCGAAGCCGUGGUCCUACAGAGACGGAUGUCAUCCUCACUGGGAAUGAUGUCAGAGAUUUCGCCAGAACUAGCUUUUGA